AUGUGGAAUCCCUUUGAUGUGGACAACGACGAUCGACUGGAAGAUAGUAAAUUCAUUGGCACCCGAUCACGCGAAUGGUCAGAGACCCCGCUCAGUCGUCCGUUAGAAAUGAAACCGAAAGCUAGUGAGGAGCCCGUCGAGGACAUUGGAGUGGCAGAAGUGUUUGAGGAUGUGGGCGAGGAGGCGAGGAACCAAGCGGAAGAGGCGGAAGGAGAUGGUGGAGAGGUUGAAGACACCAAAGAGGAAAUUGAAGAACAAGAAGAAACCGAAAAUAAAGAGGAAAGUGAAGCCAAUCGAGCGACGAGCGCGCGAGGUGAAGGAGUCAGUGUGUUUGGAGGUCGCGGAGGCCUUAACCCUCAGCCGGGGCAGGUCAUGCAAGGCACGAAGUGGCGAGGGAGGGAACUGCAAUCGAUUGUGAGAGUCUGUGUUCUCAUCAUGAAGAAGAAACUCAUAGUUUUCCACGGAUCGGUGUCCGAUUCCUCCGACUACACCAUUGACUACUAUUACCCCAAGGACUUCAAGAUGUACAGUGAGUCACCUGCAGUUUUCGAUUUGAAGUUGAUGUUCGUGCUGAACUUGGCCCUUGGCGAAAACGUUGGCAUUGAAGUGGUGCCAUCCCUCAAUACCGUCACGAAGUCGUCCACCACCGUCACGAAAUCAUCCAUCAUCGAAGUACUUACUUGUUUUUUGUGA